AUGGAUACUUUCCGUCACGUCCCCCGCGAGUCACUCGUCGAGAUUGUGAAGACCGCAGCAAACUGGGUAACGCUGGAAGAUCUUAUUGUGGACUCGACGCAGCUGACUCCGCUGUUCGAACCGGGAGAUGAACCAUAUAGUCAGCCAGACCCUAAAGCGAUGGCCCUUGUGAAGCAUAUCCCCCAGCAUAACUCGGUCAUGUCGUAUGAUCUCGAACGCUAUUCCAAGGUGUGUAUCGAGCUACGAGGGCCAAUUCCGGACACAGGUUUGUGCGACUUUGUUGACGGAACCGGUUUCAACCUCGUGAGUGCGGAGCGCCAUCGCCUCUCGAUGUCUACGGCGACCCGCGCCUCUCUCCGCGCCGUGGUAAGCCUCGCGGCCAAUAUCCAACGUCUGGCCUGCAUGUGCUUGACAACACUGCGAGGGCGACUGCAAGCUAUGCUGCCCCGGUACUUCGAAGACAUCCGACAUAUGCCGUCCCUGGUCCCAUGUAAGCUCCGGGAUAUGGGUGCGUUCUCCUGGAUCGAGGAGUUCCGCGUCUACCGUGCCCUGUGGCACUUGCAGGCCUUUAGUGAUCUCUGGGUGGUUGCUGAUCAGCUGGAUUGGACGGACGGAUGGUUUCUAUCUCUGCAAAGAGAACAUGCGGCAUGGAGCGGACUCCUCGGGCAGGAGGAGGGGUUUAUCGAAGAGGACGAUACCGAGUGGGAUAUCCUGUGCAAAGACGUGGCCGCUUGGGAGGAGAUAUGCGAAGUGUCGGAAUGCCUUGCAAGCCUCUACGCUGGAACUACUGAUCUCUGCACGACCGAGUUACCCCAGGCUUGCUGCGAGGACACAGGCAGGUUCUUCUUCGACUGGAGUGGCAUCGAGAGGAAGCACCGGAUUCACGGCAACCACGACAUCAUCCUCGUGAAGAGGCUUCCCGAUGCGUCCCGCUGCCCGGGGGGCCCCUUCGCGGUGUGGUCGCCCCCGGCUCAGCCGCGGGAGGGGGAACCUUCGCAUGAGCUCUGGGGCCAGAGUCGCCAGAAUACCGUGCACCACGAGGUCCUGGACUUCGUAUACGCCUGGCGUCUACUGCAGGCAGACGGAGCCCCCGAGGCCAGUUACAACAUACCACCCGAGCCCUUCCGGGCGCUAGGCAUGGGGCUGUGGGACUACUGGCGGCUGUUCGAAUUAGGGCUUCACGAUGUCUGGCCCGCCGGAGGCUCGACGGCGCUGACCACCCCGGACGGAGAUACACGCGUUUGGCCGCAUUGCCGGCCGGUGAACCUCUUUUUAUCGAAUUGCGCUCACAAGUGGCAUCUUCUUCUGCAGGCGUGGGAGGCGCACAACCCCGCGGUUGUUGCAGUUGUUGCAGUUGUAGAAGUAUAG